AUGAACAUUGAGUGUGUUGGAGUGGUAAUUGGAAUUAUUGCUCCUCUGAUGAGAUGGUUUGCUGCUUUGUGGUUCAAGAUAUCUCAGACGGAACGAAGGAGCUUCAGAGAUGAAGUCAAGGUUGGCAAGUACUGGACUUGGAUGCUGAUCCUCUUUGUUUUGGCUGCCAAACUAGUUUUGUUCCUCUCUGCUAAAUUUGGUAGUGCAGUUUUCUUGUGUUUCUGCAGCUGCAAGAACAAAAGACCUGCUUUAGAGGUAAUCCUCAAGAACAUCUGCAAUGAGGUGGAUAAGCUGAUAAAAGUAGGCCAAAAAAAGCAGCCCAAGGAGCAUCUGAUGCUACUUCUCAAGAAAUCUUCAAGCUUCGUUGGAGUGGCACAGUUUGACAACGGAAGACUUCGAGGUUUGCACAUUCCAGAACCUCCAAAAUGCUGGGCUCUGCUCGUGGUGACUUCGACAGCCAUUUCAGUUGCUCUUACCAACAUUGCUGAUGAGAAGGUUAACCAAAAAGCAGCAGGUGAAUUUUGGGAUGGAGUUGAAAAGUACAGAAAAUGGGAUAAGACCGAUUUGAAGAGCACGGAACUUCGAUCACUUUCUUAUAAUGCAGAAAAGAUUGUAGAAGAAUUUAUGGUUGGAAAUAAAGAUGAUCUAAAGCAGAACCCUCUAAACUGGCUUGCUAGAGUUAUAGCUGCUAACUCAAUGUACAGGAUUUCUAAAACGAUCUUGCUACCAUUGCGAUAUGAUGAGCACCUAGAUGAUGAUGUGCUAUUUGAGAGUAUAUCCAUCCAAAUCUCGGAUAUACUAGCAGCGUGCCUCACCAAUCUAGUGCAGGUCAUAACAUUGAAGUGUCACACGAACAACAUCAAAGAAAUGGAAGAGAGUGUGAGGCGAGCAGCAAUUCUUCUUGGUGAGACUAAAACGAUACUUGAAAUUGUGCAGCAGCAAUUUAAGCUUCCGAGUUUGGAUGUGGAGAGGGCUGCUAAGAUUGGAGUGGAGGAAGCUCUGGAUAUAGUAUAG